GAGCACAACCUUUUUAGCCACAGACUAGCCUUUUAGAUCACACGUUGUAAAUCUUACGAGAAAUAAUAACGUUUCAGGAACUGAUCGUCCGAGUUGCCGUAACUCAUCCUCGGGCAAGUCACGGAAACAAGUCAGGUCUGUCCAGGCAGCAGAAUACACGAGAAAUGCUAGCACCUGCACACGUGUCUUCUGUUGCGUGCGAGACGGAGGAAUGACUCGUCUGGAAAUGAGUUCCGAACACGCGAAAGUGCUGCAGGGAUAACGAUCCAUCUCCGAAGUCGAAUGUCCUGGAACAGAAUCUGAGAAUGAGGCAGAUCCUGCCUCUUUCCGGGACAGGUACUGACUCCUUGACUCGGACCGGGAUUUGUCGAGUUUCGAUGCCUAAGUUGUUCCCAGUGACAAUCACGAGCCGAGAUGGUUCUUGAAAUUGAGUGCGUUAACCAGGGUUGCUUCCCGUUCUCAAACGUCGUCGCCAUUGUUUGUUUUAGUGACACGAGCUGCAGGCCAUGGUGAUGAAUAAGAAGUUUGGAGGGAGGAUGUGCAGCUGGACGAAUGCUUGAAAUGCGGCUGUUAAGGAUUACCAAGUUCUGAAGUUUAUCAGCAUCUUGUCAGAAGGCUACCUCUAGAUUCGGCUGGCCUUCCUCUAACAUUCUUAAUUGCGAACUAAGAUGGCUUCUUCUUGUCCGAACGCUGACCUCAAACAAUAUGCGUCAUCCAGCGAAAUUGAGGAUAGAAGGGCCUAUUUAGAGCCCCUUAUUGCUUCUAAAGCUAGACAAGAAGAGAUUUGUGUGCAGUUGCCUCACGUUGAUGAAGUUGUUGCCGUUCGAGAGCGUUUGGUUUCGCUGGAUAUCUUUAGGGGCUUGGCUAUUGCGUUGAUGAUACUCGUGGAUGAUGGAGGGGGCAAAUGGCCAGCUAUUAACCAUUCUCCAUGGAAUGGGGUCACACUUGCAGACUUCGUGAUGCCUUUCUUUUUGUUCAUUGUCGGCAUAUCGAUUUCUUUUUCAUACAAGAGAAUUCCAAGCAAAGCAGAUGCAACUUCAAAGGCGAUACAACGUUCAUUGAAGCUUGUCGUCUUGGGAAUUAUAUUGCAAGGUGGUUAUUAUCACGGACUCAAUGAUCUUUCUUUUGGGGUAGAUGUUACACGGAUCCGAUGGUGCGGAAUCUUACAGAGGAUAGCAUUUGCGUACUUCGUGGUCUCUAUAUGCGAGAUCUGGAAUCCCCGAAGGCUUGGAAAUUCUCCACCCCGUGGACCUCUUGAUGUGUUCAAUAUGUACUUCUGGCACUGGGUUGUUGCUGGGCUGCUCUCCACACUUUAUCUGAUAAUUUUAUAUGGAGUGUAUGUUCCUGAUUGGGAGUUUGUGCCAGCUUCAAGUCAAUCCCAGUCGCCUGUGAAGGUCACGUGUGGUGUAAGGGGAGAUUUGAGUCCCCCAUGUAAUGCAGUUGGAUUCGUAGAUCGGUUACUUCUGGGUUUGAAUCACAUGUAUGGUGCUCCCAUGUACAGACGCACCAAGGAGUGCAGCAUCAACUCCCCAGACUACGGUCCAGCACCCCCAGGAGCUCCUAGUUGGUGUCAAGCACCCUUUGAACCCGAGGGCCUUCUUAGCUCUGUAUCUGCUGCGGGAAGCUGCUUCAUAGGUUUACACUACGGUCAUAUCUUGAUACUCUUGAAGAGUCAUGACACAAGAGUGAAGCAUUGGAUGAUUCCAUCACUUGGAUUGAUUAUAUUUGGUAUAACUCUACACUACUUAGGAAUGCCACUCAACAAGCCAAUAUACAGUUUCAGUUAUGUCUGCGUGACAGCUGGUACUGCAGGUCUCGUCUUCGUUGCUAUAUACUUGAUUGCUGAUGUAUGUGGUGUGACGUGGCCUACAAAGCUUCUGGAAUGGAUGGGUCAGAACUCAUUGAUCAUCUUCGUCCUUGCUGCAUGUGGCGUCUUUGCCGGACUUAUCCAAGGAUUCUACUGGAAAGAACCAGAAAAUAACCUGGUGAACUUCGUAGAGGAGCAUGUAUUUCAAGCACUUUUUACUUCAGAAAGAGUCGCCAAAUUGGUCUUUGUGCUCUCUGAGAUCAUUCUUUGGUGUCUUGUUGCAGGGGCCCUUAAAGUAAAGGGAAUUUUUUGGAAAUUAUAAUUCGUAGUAGUCUUGUACAUAAUUCUAAUCAGUUUUAGGUAUUUGAUCUGUCUGAACAUUAGAUAACAAAUUGUUGAUAUGUAGAAGUAGUUUCCUAAGUGACUAUGUACUCACCAAAGAGAGCAUGAACAAGAUACUUGCAAAGUCAAGAAGAAUGUAUUUUUCAGCUUGAUGAAGUUUUAUU